GACGCCGCUGCGUUUGCCCAGAACGUGGACGAGGCCAGCGGUCCCCAGGAAGCAGCUCCUGCCUCACACGGGUGUUUUGUGUCCCUGUAGACGGAGGCAGCGUCCAGUCCGGAGGUCAGAGGUUACUAACGGAGGCUUGAGGGUAUUUUUAAACAAUGUCUGGUUAGCUUGUCGUUAGCCUCGGGGGGGCUCGUGCUAUGAUUGGCGCGAGCUGUUUAUCCUGGUAGCUCGGUGUUGACGAGCGGUGAACUGGAGCCUGUAGCCGCACAUCACAAAACCCACCGGAUAACAUCUUUUAUUUCUUCACCUGUGUGGCCGGCGGCGAGCCCAUCUUCGACUCUGGAGCAGGACACGGAGGAAAGUGUGGCCAUGACGGGAGGGACGGCAGCGACCCUUCCCAUGAGCAACCACACCCGAGAGAGGGUGACCGUGGCCAAGCUGACACUGGAAAACUUCUACAGCACUCUGCUCACCCAGCACGAGGAGCGUGAGAUGAGGCAGAAAAAGUUGGAGAAGGCAAUGGAAGAUGAAGGUUUACCAGACGAGGAGAAAGUAAUGCGGCGCUCUCAGCACGCUCGUAAGGAGACCGAGUUUUUGCGACUGAAGAGGACGCGACUGGGCUUGGACGACUUUGAGUCUCUUAAAGUCAUCGGACGAGGUGCUUUUGGAGAGGUGCGUUUGGUGCAGAAAAAGGACACGGGCCACAUCUACGCCAUGAAGAUUCUGAGAAAAGCAGACAUGCUGGAGAAGGAACAGGUUGCUCAUAUCCGAGCAGAGAGGGACAUUCUCGUGGAGGCAGACGGCGCCUGGGUGGUCAAGAUGUUCUACAGCUUCCAGGACAAGAGGAACCUCUACCUCAUCAUGGAGUUCCUGCCUGGAGGCGACAUGAUGACCCUGCUGAUGAAGAAGGACACUCUGUCAGAAGAAGCCACGCAGUUCUACAUCGCAGAGACGGUUUUAGCCAUCGACUCCAUCCACCAGCUGGGCUUCAUCCACCGAGACAUCAAACCUGACAACCUGCUGCUGGACUCCAGGGGACACGUGAAGCUGUCAGAUUUCGGCCUGUGUACGGGACUGAAAAAAGCUCAUCGCACAGAGUUUUACAGGAACCUGACCCACAACCCACCCAGUGAUUUCUCCUUUCAAAAUAUGAACUCCAAGAGGAAAGCAGAAACAUGGAAGAAGAACCGCAGGCAGCUGGCUUAUUCCACUGUGGGAACGCCGGACUACAUUGCUCCUGAAGUCUUCCUGCAGACGGGAUAUAACAAGCUGUGUGACUGGUGGUCUCUGGGUGUCAUCAUGUACGAAAUGCUCAUUGGUUAUCCACCCUUCUGCUCGGAGACGCCGCAGGAGACGUACAGGAAGGUGAUGAACUGGAAGGAAACACUCGUCUUCCCACCUGAAGUCCCCAUCUCAGAGAGGGCCAAAGACUUGAUAUUAAGGUAUUGCACUGACAAUGAGAACAGGGUUGGAGCUGUGAGUGUGGAAGAGAUCAAGAGUCAUCAGUUCUUUGAGUCAGUGGACUGGGAGCACAUCAGGGAGCGGCCGGCAGCCAUCUCGAUCGAAAUCAAGAGUAUUGAUGACACCUCCAACUUCGAUGAAUUCCCUGAAUCAGACAUCCUUCAGCCAGCCAAUUCGACUGAGCCAGACUUCAAGUCCAAGGACUGGGUGUUCCUCAACUACACGUACAAGCGCUUCGAGGGCCUGACUCAGCGAGGCACCAUCCCCACAUACAUGAAGGCAGGGAAGGCCUGAUGCGCUCAAACAGGGAGAGGCCGUCGUGGAGGAAAUAACAACAAAAACACAAAAACAGACGUUUACGGACACAGGGUCGGGCCCUGGAGCCCCGCUGGUGCUGAAGGCUUCGCUGACAGCCUCUCAGUCUAAAUUUAACCAUCACAAUUUAUUUAGGUCUGCUCAGCCGCCGCAAGAACUCCUAAAAGCAUUACCGCAUUACCUCGGUUGUUUAUACUGUAUACCUGUGCUGUCUCUAGCCAUAGCUCUCAGGCCACCUCACCAACUAGGACACUAAAUCAGCAUAUCUGCAUGUUCAGCGGCACAUUGCUUCUGGAGAGAUUUGGUUCACUGCCUAAAAGCAUUAAAACGGCGGCGCUGGGGGUGAGGCUCGAAUGCAAAUCACUGCUUCGACAUCUUUGCAUCGAUAAGCACUGAUGGCUAAAUUGGCUCUGAUGCAAAGAUUUCUUGAUGCUGAGAACACGCUCUAUACACUGUAGUCAAACUCUGGAUUAUGGAUAACAACAGGAACCCCUCACUCGUCCUCACCCUGACUCUGUUCAUGGAGCUGAUGGAAAGUUCCAGCAUGAUUUCUGGUGUUUUUAGUUCUGCUUCAGUUCACAAAAGCUUAAGUUUCUUUUUAGCCCAGAGAAAUGUCUUGUUUUGGUUUUACCUGGUGGUUUGAAUAGUUCUACAUGUAUACUACUAAGGGAAUGGUUCAGGUUAGUUAGGGUUAGGGAUAGUAAAGGUUUGGGAUGGUUAGGGUGGGGGGCAGCGGACCACCUAUGUAGAGAAUUCCAGGUGACAAAAUUCAUAUUAUACUUAUGAAGACUGUCCACAAUGUACUAGGUGAUGCCUUGGAUUAGAGCCACAGACUCUUAUGUUGCAAGCUGAGUCUGAGCAGGGUGGUGAAAGAUCGGUGAGGAAAAAGAAAAAGACAAUUCCACUUGGAGCUCCUUGUGCAUAACCCUUCAUGGCCUGUUUUAAAAAAAAUGGGGCGGGGAGAAACAAUUAUUAGGUUAUGGAACAUCUUAACUUUCUAAAGUCAUUAAGGCGGUAGGGUUAGGGUUAGGCAUUUAGUUAGGGUAAGGGGCUAGGGAAUGUAUUAUGUCAAUGAGCGUCCUCACUAAGAUAGGAGUACAAACGUGUGUGUUUGUGUAAACCUAACCUUGAUAAAGGUUUAUGGCGGUGAUGUUGGUUGCCACCUGCCAAUAAACAAUAAAGACGAAGGUUAGUGGUAAGAUGUGAAUUGUGGUUAGGUUAAGGUUAGGGUCAGGCAUGAAUAGGUCAUGGUCAAGGUUAGUGGUAAGGUUUUGCUUAGGCCGUGGGGUUAGGGUUAGGGUUAGGGAUGCUCAAACCUCUGUGUGGAGCCAUCACUGAGGUGGUUGUGUGUGCUCUGGCAGCUGUUUGCACGUGGGUCUCUUCUGUGGACAGGUUUUGCUACCAUGACUAAGCAAGUUAUAUAAAACCUAGCAUGUGUGUGGUUAAGAUCAGAAGGCCGAGUCGGACCACAGGCGUGGUUCUACCCAUGUGAGGUGCGUUCUCAUGCUGUAAUGCUGUAAUGACGACAGGUCCGAACGUCAACAUGUUGACAAGCUAGGCAGCUGGUGUGACUCCAUUACACAAUGUCUCUAGUUAAGUUAUACAAAGGUGUAAUAAUACAGAGGAGGUUAUGUUUUCGUCUGCGUUUGUAAGUCUGUCUGUCUGUGAGUUAGCAGGACUACGCAAAAACUACUGAAUUACUGCAGAAGUUGGUGGAAGAAUCCAUCGAAAGAAUCCGUUACAUUUUGGUGCAAAUUAAUUUCUUUUUCACUUUCUUUCACAUUGUGAGAUUGGGUGUUUUGCAGCCCUUGCGCUAAUUUCUCACACAAGAACUCAUGGAUCCUGAUGGGAAAAACAGUCAGGUAUAUUUAGGGGACUGAUAUCUAUGAGUUUGUGCCACUUCUUCACAGUGUUGGAUGAGGUUGAGAUUAAAGCGUCGGUGCUGUUUGUACCAACUGAAAGCUUUUAUAAACAUGAUUGGAAAGGCUAUAAGAUAUAAAACAAACAAGUGAAAAGUCAAAUCAUGCUGGAAUCGUCCUGUAACCCUCACGGUGGUGACACAUGGCAACUCCUCCUGUGCUGCGGCUUUGCUCACACAGAGGAACAACUUGUGGCCAAGAAAUAUCUGAGUGCAGUUUACCCUGCGCUCCACGUCCGUUCCGGUGAAGUGUUGCCCUUGACACGGUGCCAAACAAACUGCGCUCGAGUGUCUCUUCCCUUCAGAGCCCAUUGUUUGGUUGAGAUUAGUGCUACAGUAAUAAAUAUCUCCCCUGUUUGGGAUUCCAAUGAGUCCGACAGCCAAUCGCUUCCUUCUUAGACGGACAAAACAUGCAAAGUGCCUUUAGAUAUUUAACCAGAUCUGUUAGAGGUUUUAUCGGAAAUUAUUCAGAAGGACGUUAAUAACAAUUAAGAAUUAGUUAUAAAGGUCAAUGAGGGAGAGAAAUAUCAUAAGGAAAAGAAUAGAAACAGGGAAAUUAUUCUAAAUGUGCUCAUUCAGCUUUUUAAAUGUGCGUGUGAGAACGGAUUAUUUGAGUGAUAAAACAGGCAGUUUAGAAAAAGCUUGGUUUUAUAAGUUAGAUAGGGGAUCGUAAAAAUGUAUUGCGUCAAAGCAAACACGCAGAACAAAGUGUCUUUGUUUGGCGAGUAAGGAGAAAUAUAAUAAGAACAGAUUAAUGUCAUAGAAAUCUACACAUGCAUUUUUCUUCCGUUGAGGUUUAAUUUUCAUAGUUGAUAAUGAAUUAAGUUUCCAUUUGCUGUAUUUAAUUUGUUUUUCUUUCCCUUUAGAAAAAAGCCUCAAUAACAUCAAACGCAAGGCCUCGCUUUGUCAACGAUAACAAAUCAUCCUCACGUCUGCUAAACGUAGUAACCAAAGAACUGUGAUCGCCACACGUCGUGAUCUGAACACACGAGUUCAGAUGUAGCUGUCGCUUGCUGCACUUAACUUCAAACUACCUUUUUAGACAAACGAGAAAAAAGAAAAUCGCUUUCUUCCCAGAGAGCUAACCCAAUUGGGUCCUGGAAUAAUUUGCCAUUUAGGUUCCGACACUUGUCAGAAAGUGAGUGUGCGGAGACGGGACGUUUCUCAGUCACGUCUGUUCAGUGUCAAGAAAAGUGUGUACACGCAGGGACAGGAAGUUCGCUGAAGACUUAACCACGUUGAAUUAAGCUGUAGCCAUCACAAGAAUCCCACAUUGACAGUCUGUGGUGGGAUUUUUAGAGGAAUUGAAGGAACUAAGUGGUUCAUAAGUUGGAAAUGUUAGUGUUGUGUUAUAUGACACCUACACCAGCCUCCGUCUUUUUACAUUUUAAUCUAUUUAACCUUCAUCCAGGAAGUCCUGAUGAAAACCUGUUGGCUACGAAUGCACCAACAAAAUUGACCAAUAGCAUUCAAAGUAUGGUCGACUGACGGCCGAUACGUGUAUAUUUUUGCAUUAUUUAUUAUUUUUCAUGAGAUUUUGUGCUAACAUUCAGUGAAUUUUAAAUUGGAUGAUUGUUAAUGUUUGGGUUCUCUGGAAUUUAAAGGGAUACUCCAGCAAUUUAGCACUUUUAUAAAGUUGAAAAAGAUUAGAUAAUACUACAAAUAAUAAAAUAAUAUUGACCAGAAUUGAUGCAGCAGAGGCCAAGGUCUCCCAUGAUUCCAACCCUCUAUAACUAGAAUGUGUGUCUUCCAUACUCAAGUUAUACUCCCUAUGAGGAGUAAACUGAUCUUAAUUUAUAAAAUCUGUGGAGAGCCCCUUUAAUUACUGGAUCAUAUCAGAUUCACAUCCCUGAUCUGGCAGUGUUUUAUCCCAUUAUAAACAUCCCAACGUCUGGGUUUUACUCAAACAGAAAUGUCAUGAAAGCUGAAAGCAGUACAGCAGCAGGGACUGAUGCACAAUGGGGGAUUUUGCUGAUGGCUACCGCUGCAGAUUUCCCGGCUGUGUCUAAUCACUGGAACAUACAGACAAUACUUUGAAAAGGGUCAAACCGCUGAAUCCAGAUAGAUCUCGUCUCCCGGACGAGAUGGUCCAUGAAAAACUAAUGUGCGAGUGUAAUUGUGUGAUGCAGCUAAAGUGACAAAAAAAAGGCCAUUUUCAUGAAGUGGUAGAAUAAUCUGUGAUUUCUGUGGUUGUGAGGUGACAUGUCACCUUGUUCUAUGUCAAACUCUUCUGUGCUGUAAUAGAGACAUGAUUCAUCUUUUAUUUUCAAGUACAUGCACAGAAAAAAAAAGUAAGAGGAGGGUAAAUACCGUAUUUGGGAUCCACACAAUUCUAUAUAUGUAUAUAAAAGAGGACUUGAAUUCCAUUGCUGUGCCAAUUUAUCUGAGAGGAGCUAAAUUAUGGUGGGAAAUAGGGAUUUUGUUAUUGAGUUAAGCCAGAUAAUUCAUUUCUGAAGGACCCAACAUCACACAAUCUGUCAUGACUGGAUGUUUAGAGAACACAUUUUCCCAACUCAGAUUAAGGAAAAUGUAUAUAUCCCAAAAUAUAAGGCAGUGACACAAAACUAAAAUGUAACUCAUUCACAUCUAGUGUCUAGAUUUAGAUUGAAGUAGUCCACUUACUUCUCUGCCUCGGAAACCUCAGAGCGCAGCAAUUUAGCUCAUAAUGUGUAAUUCCCCCCCCCCCUUGUAAAAGCAAGAAUCCAGGCUCCCCAUAACCAAGGCUUUAAAAGCCCUCCGCAGGCCAUGUGUUUUAGGUGUAAUGAUGUACAUAUUGUUGUAGACACUUGAAGGAAGCUUUCUGUGGAGUGAAGGAGGGAUGGUUCAUUAAUAUAUCCAUUCACACUGGUGAGUUUUUAUGUAGAUAAAAUGCUUAAAAUAAUAAAAAAUUAAACACUAAAA